AUGGUGUCUGUGCGGGGCGUCACGCGCUGUCGGCCGAUGGUGGAGGCCCCGAGCGGCGGGCUCUAUUCUACCCCCCACGACAUGAAGCUGUUUGCCGUGUUGAUCUUUGCGAACCAGCCGGGUCAGCAGGCCGUGCCGCUGCUGAGCGCCUGGGACCUGAACUCGUUCUCGUGGAUGCAGCGGGGCACCGUGCAGGACAUGAUGGCGUUCAUGGCCAAGACCGUGUCGGAGCGCACGCAGCCGACGCAGCGCCAGUCGAUCCAGGAGAACACCUUUACGGCGCAUGUGCAUAUGCGCCCUGCGGUCGACGGCGUGAGCGGCGUGCUCGUGUCGGACAGCGAGUACCCGGUGCGUGUGGCGUACUCGCUGCUGAACAAGCUGCUGGAGGAGUUUCUCAUGAAGGUGCCCAAGUCGUCGUGGCAGGCGCAGGCUGCGCAGAUUGCCGCGAGUGGCGCGAUCCCGUCGAAGGGCGAGGGGAUCGUGCGCACGAGCGAGUUCCCCUUUGCGCAGGACUACCUUGCGCGGUACCAGGACCCCCGCCAGGCCGAUACGAUCUUGCGCGUGCAACAGGAGCUGGACGAUACCAAGAUUGUGCUGCACAACACCAUCGACUCGGUCCUGCAGCGUGGCGAGGACCUCGACAAGCUCGUCGAGAAGAGCGGCUCCCUCAGCCAGCAGAGCAAGAUGUUCUACAACAAAGUGCGUGCGAUGGACGGCUGA